UGACCUCCAGCAGCAGCAGCAGCUGGUCUGGGAUCAGAGCCGCAGAGACGCCGCAGAGCCCUGGAUGAGCAGCCUGCUGGACCUGCAGCUGGACCAGAUCAGGAGACAACUGGACGAGGAGAGACGGCACAGGGAGCAGUCUCGGCAGCAGGAUCUGCUGCAGCAGCAGAGUCAAACGUCUCGUCUGGAUCAGCUGGAGCUGCAGCUGCAGACGCUGGCGGCCAGAUCAGAGGAGGUUCAGCGGAGAGGAGGAGCUUCCUCGACAGUCUCACCUUCAUCAUCAACACUUCCAGCUGCUGUCAGUGGUGGCGUGGACCGUCAGUCCCACGAUGCUUUGCUGGCGGAGGUUGCGCGGUUGGAGGCGGCUCUGGAGGACGUGAGGCGAGAUGUUGAGGGUUUGUCUGGUUGUCAGGACGACAGCCGAAGACUCGACAGCAUCCAGCAGACGGUUUCAGAGCAGGUCUCCGCUCGGGUCCGUGAGGAGGUUCGGGUUCUGCUCUACGGUAACCAGCUGACGGCGGGGGGCGGGGCUUCGGGAGACGCCGGCCUCCCAGAGUCGCUCCUCCAGUGGCUGUCUCAGCAGUACGUCAGCGGGGCCGACCUGCAGGCGUCGCUGUCCUCGCUGGAGCGCAGCAUCCUGCAGAACAUCAGCCUGCAGCUGGAGCAGCGGCGCAGCGAGGAGACGGUCAGAGACGCCGUCCUGCACGCCGCCGGGGCUGCUGGAGCCGCCGUGACCACGGAGGACGUCCAUGAGAUCGUGCAGAACGCUCUGCGCCUGUUUUCUCAGGACCGGACCGGCCUGGCAGACUACGCUCUGGAGUCUGGAGGCGGCAGCGUCCUGAGCACGCGCUGCUCGGAGACGUACGAGACGAAGGCCGCUCUGCUCAGUCUGUUCGGAUUCCCUCUCUGGUAUUUCUCUCAGUCUCCUCGAGCCGUCAUCCAGCCGGACGUCCAUCCUGGAAACUGUUGGGCCUUCAGAGGCUCUGCGGGCUUCCUGGUGAUCCGCCUCUCCAUGAGGAUCCUGCCCACCGCCUUCUCCCUGGAGCACAUCCCCAAAACGCUGGCGCCCAGCGGGGCUCUGCACAGCGCCCCCCGAGACUUCAGCGUCUAC